UAUGCGACGUGGGCAGUGCAUGAAUACGAUCGCAAGAAUGAGGACAUUGAUCCUAUUGCUGCAUCGGCAGAAUAUGAACUGGAGAAGAGAGUGGAACGAAUGGAUGUCUUUCCUGUGGAACUUGAAAAAGGUGACGAUGGCUUGGGUCUCAGCAUUAUCGGAAUGGGGGUGGGCGCAGAUGCCGGCCUGGAGAAACUGGGAAUCUUUAUUAAGACAAUCACGCAGAAUGGAGCGGCCCAGAGAGACGGAAGUAUUAAGGUGAAUGAUCAGAUUAUUGAAGUGGAUGGGAAGAGUCUAGUUGGAGUCAGCCAGAAGUACGCUGCCAGCGUCUUGAAAAAUACCAGCGGACUUGUCAAAUUCAUGAUUGGCCGGGAGAAAGACAGCGAGAACAGUGAGGUAGCCCAGCUGAUUUCCCAGUCACUUCAGCACGACAAGGCAAUGAGGGAGACUACCCCAGUACAAAGCCCCUCCGAGUCAAUGGUAUGGCCUUAUAACUACAACAGCUAUAGCCCCUCCUCUCUUUUCAGACGAGCCAAUGGCUUUCUCUCCCCCCAAGAAGACGAUAUCGAGCUGGGUCUCCCUGGUGAAUCGUCUGAUGGUGAUGAGGACAGCCAAUUGGUCGUGGAUACCUUUGACCUGGAUGAGAGUAUGAGCAGUGAUUCAAACAGCAAGCCAACUUCACCCUCCUCGGAUCUAGCUCCAGAUCAAGCCGUUAUUGAUAUGAGGAUUAAACUGAAAGAAGCUCAGUAUAAGAAUGCUGUGGCUGAGGCUGAGAUUGCUAAGCUCAAAAUACAGGUGAUGCAAGCUCAGGGAUGGGAAGCUGAAGAGACGAGACUCAAACACCAGAUUGAGAUCCAAGACAAACGACUCUCCCUCUUGGACGACAAACUUGAGAAGACGCAAUCUGAGAUCACAGAGGUCAGACGCCUCCUAGAAGAGAACCAGAAUCAGUACUCCAUCCUCGAUAAGAAGUACCACAAGGCUAAGAAGCUCAUUAAGGACAUGCAGAACAAGGAGGAGGAGUUUCAAACCAAGGAGAAUGAAUUCAAACAGGAGAAGGAGAAGAUGGAACAAAAGCAGCUGAGAGAAAAAAUGCAAUUACAGGCAAAGAUUCGUGAGUUGGAGCUGAAGCUAGCCGACUCUCGAAGGGGCAACAGCCUGGAGGGAUCGGACGGAAUCCAGGCUGAUCAGGACUCAAGCUCGCCGGAUAACGGGGAUGAAGGCGUGAUUCUUAUACGGCACACUGGCCUGCCAUCCUUUGAGGACAUCCUAGACGCUGAGGGCGGCAAACCAAUUAUUAUGGAUGACUCUCCUGAAGUUGAAUGGGAGUGGGAUUUUGACGGUGAUCAACUUAUCUGUGCACCCAUCAUCCCACUGAUAGGAAGUACACAUUUUGCUACUAAACCCUCAACCAGAGAUGAGGAAGAACAAGAAGAACAAGUGGAGGAGGAGUCAGAUGAAGACUCCUCAGGUAAUGAGGGAGGCUACAACGUCUCACAAGACUUUGAGGAGCAAGAGCUUGAGAUGAGUUUAGAGGCCGACUUGAAAGAAGCCCAUAUGCUGCAACAGCAGCAGGAAUGGUUUGAGCAGAUACCGGACGCUGACAGGUUGGAUACCAGUAUUGAGAAAUCCAAGAUUCAGUUGGUAACCGGUAACAACAGUAUGCUUGCUGGCAGGAAGAAGCCCACCAAGGCGCAUCUAGCCCAGAAUGCAUUGCAGUCUAACAGCUGGGCUGAGAGGCGGCCAAUCACAGAAGAGCCGCGGAAUUCUGAGCCACCAGCAACCAACGGUAGUCCGAGAAUAGGACGGCAACCGGUUCCCCUCCCAGAUCAUCCUAGGAAUGGUUCCCCCCUGCUCAAACACCGAGUGCUACCGCCCACCGCCUCCUCGCCCCCACAGACCAACCAGCAGGCAUCACCUACAUUGACCAGGGUCCCAGUAUUGCCAGGGGCAGGCACAAUGCAACCCGGUGACGGGCGAGAGAGGUUGUCGCCUAAGGUGCCCCCAAGAAAGAAGAGCAAACCAGAACUACGGGUUAAUACUGGAGAAUCAUCCUUCAUGUGCAGUCCGUGGAUACGCAGCCCUGUAGACUAUCACAUGGACGCAGUGUAUAGACAGCUUAUAAGAGAACUAGCCAGUGAAGGCAAGACAGCCCAAACGUCACCCCGCCCAACCAAAUCUGGUCUUCCUCCUGCCAUGCCUAUCCUACGCCUCCAACCCCCUGCUUCAUCAUCAGAGGGUUUUGGUGUCACACUGCUCUCUACGAGGUCGCUAGAGCAAGGAGGUGACGGCAGUCAAGCAACCUCACCGGACCCUGGGAGUCCAACGAUCGAGGGGACUACAGAGAGGGCAAGAUUCGAUUCAGAUGAACUGACGUCACUUGGGGCUAAAGGUUCUCACCAAUUCACAGCAGGAGGAGAUAUCUUUGACUCGAUGCCUGGGAGUGAGUUUGGAGGGAAGAAGAAAAGUAAGAAGGCGGCCAAGUAUCAGAUAUCACCUCCUCUACAAAGUAUGGAGCCAAGCAGGAAGCCCCACCAGAUUGAGGAUCGACCAAUCACAGAGUGGAAUACAACCCAUGUGUCCCAGUGGCUUAUGGGUAACGGCCUGGAUGACUACAUCAAUGACUUCACAGCGAAUAACGUUACAGGGACGGCGUUACUUAAUCUUGAUGCUGCAAAACUAAAGAGCCUUGGAGUGACGAACAGCUCAGACCGUAGCAUCUUCAAGAAAAAGAUCAAGGAGAUGAAGACUCAGGUUGAGAAGGAGAAGAAGGCCAUCGCUAAGGAGCACAAAAACCGGGAAAAGAAAGAGAAGAAAGCUGUCAAGAAGCUCUUUGCAACCUCUUAGUCAAAUACAAAAACAAUAAAGAGAAGGUUGGUCAAAUACCUGAGACUUGUGUCUAAAGAUGGCGUAUUCAGUGUCUUCUUGCGAGUUACAACCCUGGAUUGUGACUGGAAAGGAGUCUAAGAAAGCUGUCAAGAAGCUGUUUACAACCUCCUCUUAGUAAAAUUCAAAGACUAUAAUGAGAGGCUGGUCUGUAUAACCUGAAACUCAUGUCUUAAAGUGACUUCUUGCGAGUUACAAUUCUGAAUUGCGACUGGAAAUGAGAUUAAGGUUGUGGUCAAAGACUAGGGAAGUGACCUGAACGAGGAUUACAAUGUUAUGAUGGCGACUCAAGAGUGACUCGGGGCCUUGGAGGGAAAUCUGGAUUUGAACAGAUUGUGACAUGGAGGGACCAUGGCAUAGUGAGUUCAUGAACCUUGACCCAAGGAUACUGAUCUCAUUAUCUGAUAGUCAUGUGACUGCAAGGAACUCUGAUGAAUGGACAGCUGCUAUUUUGUGUUGGUUUCCUUUCCUUCUCUUUCCAGUACGAAGUACUUCCAUUCUUUAAAAAGAUCAUCCAGUUGACGGUGACACUCUGUAUAUAGAAUGUACAUGGCAUACGUUCAUAAUGGAUUAGUGCUAAUGGUGUGUUUUCGCCACUGCGCAUACUGGGAGCAUAGAGCUUGUUCCUUCAAUGGCUACAGACCAAUCACUGCUAUUGAAAGGGUACUAAUAUUACUCAAAUGGUUUUUUUUCUUCAAAAAAUGCUUGCGCUUUAUCUUUGCUUUUUAGGUUUGAAAACAAAAACACACCUUGGUCACAAUCUUAACUCUUAGUUGAUCUCUGCUGAACCUAUUGCCCAUAUUUAGCAUUCACAAACAGGCAUCUAGAUAUUUGGUUAUACUUUGAGGUGCAUAAAGACAGAGAUAUUUUAAUGAAGAAUCAAACUAGUCAAAGUUUAACUUUUAGAGUGAAAUUAAUUUGUUGAAUCAAUGAUUAUUAAUUAUUCAGCUUAGAUCUGUAAAAAAUUAUUUCCAAGAUUAGCAUUAUUUUGUCUUGUCUAUUUUUGAUAAGCAUACGAUUCUUACGUUUAAAAAAGAAAGGAUGUAUUGUUUUGUACAAAGUAAUAAGUCAGUGGAAAGUUAAAUCAAAUUUGAGGGUACCGUUGAUUGAGAAGCACCGUUAAGUCUCUCCAAACUUUGGCAAACUGUAGGUGAAAGAAAGCAACAGCCUCUGAAAAACCUUGGUGUCAUAUGUUUUAGAAAGCGUUAGCAAUUUAUGCAGAAUUCUUGUAUUCAUUCCAGUGGAGAUUAUAUUAUUUCCUUAAAACAUUUUGUUGAUAACUCCGAAGAGAUAAUCAAAUGACUUGCAUCAUUAAUUUGACUGUUUUUCAAAAACACCCCAAAAUUGUUGAGGCUUUAUAUUUGAUUAUUACAGUUGAGCAGAAUUGAGACUUUGUUUGUUUUUGUAAAAUUCUGUAAGCGUAAAAUAAAUUUUGUUUGAACAGUUUUAAGAAAACUGUAAAGGAAAGGUGAUCUAUAUUGGUGCAAUUAAUCUUAUAGUAUUUUUAAUUUUAUAUCAGUUUAGACACAAUUAGAAAAAUCCUACUAUAAAUUUGCAAUCUUGAAUCACCUCUACAUAUAAUACACAGAGUUGGCUAUCAACCAAACCUGUGUUGACUAUCAUGUUCAGUUUGGUCCAAUCGAUUAAGAGCCUUUUCAAAAUCUACUUUGUGGGACUCUAUUGGCCAAACAAAUCACCUGAAGUCAUCACCCAUGGUCAAACUUGGUUGCGACAUUUGGGAUUUCACUGUUAAUGUGCACACAAACACAGUCAAGUUCUUUUGUCAUUAAAGCAAACAGGUAUCCAGGAGAUUAGCAAGAACACUCAAUUAAAUAAAACUAGUAUUAAGCAUUAUUUUGUAGUGGUAGGAAUAUGCAAAAGUGUUUUGUUUUUUACAAGUGUACGCCCUUUAUGUUUUUGUUUUUUUAUGAUAUUACUUAGAGCAUUUAUAAGCAGUUUAUUUGAUACAUUUCAUAUUUAACCACCAGAUUUAGGGAAUCUGUCCCAGAAAAGAAUUUUAUAGGCAAAACAGCGCAAUACUGUUAGCUGAAUGUGUUGUUGCUAAAAGCAGUUUCUGUGGUUUUGUGUAGAACAAUUUUUUAACGGACUUUUAAUUUGUUUUAUUUGUAAUUUUAUAAUAAAGUUAGCCCAAAAACUUAAUUGGUCAAAAGAAGUAUCUGUGAUGACUGCUUGAAACCUUCUCAGGAAAACUUCCCCAUUGAAAAAAAUGUUCAUCUGAGCAGGAAAGUGUUUUUGCUUAGUUUUGUUUUCUGUCUAUCCCUGCACCUCAAACAAUGCUUCACUUAAGGUAACUUCUUGAGGCAAAUCCCAAAGGCAAAAAGGUCAAAGAAAUUAAUCAAAAUAGUGUUAUUUAAACACCUGCUACUUGAGGUAUUGUUUCGCUGUUUCCCCCUUUCUUGCUUCAUACCAUGUGUCAAAAUUACCAGUCUUGUUAACGUUUAUCUCAGGUUUAAGUUGCUUACUUUUAAUCUAAGACAACAUUUUUAUGUGGCAUGAUAUUGGCCCUUUGCACAAAUUAUUCAGAAUGUGGGACACCAUGUCAAAGUUGAAACUCCACAAAACUGUCAAGCCGAACCUCUUGCUGACACACGAACUAUGUGGAUACACAGAAACUAUUGCAUAAGCUUACUUUAUGUAGUUGUGCCAACCUCUAUAAGUUUUUGAUAUCGGCUUCAUGUGUAUGUAACUCAAAGUUUAAGUUUUGCAUUUCAAUACAAUUUACCAAUAAAAGUUUUCAUUGUUGCUUCGCAUUAGACACAACUUUAGUAAUAAUUUAUUGGCCUUAGCUGAAGCAAAAUGCUAUGGAUGCAUAGUUGUAGCUAUUUCAUUAAAGGUUCACCAACAUGUGUACAUCUACCAUGCCAUUAUGCCAAUCACUGUUGUUUAAUUGCAAUGUGGUUCAGUCAUUAAACAGUCGUCUGCAUUCUAGCAUCAAGCAAAAGCAUAUUGCUGCUCUGAAAAAAAUGUUAAAAUUUUCCUUAAAGCAUGAAUAUUUUUUACUAUUAACACAAUUUCUCUACCUUCACAUUGGAAUUCGAGAUUUGAAAGCGAAUAGAUUAAACCUUUCCUUCCCAUCAGAAUUAUUUUUAUUGUAAAUUAAUAAUCUUGCCCAUUUUGAGAUUGUUCACCUUUUUUUUUACAAUGUUGAGUAGACUUAGAUAUGCAAUUAAGUUUCUAUUUCUUAUAUUGAGGGUUUAUACCUUUGUUAGAAUUUGAAAGCAACAAUUGGUGCUUCUACAUAAACCUUCUUCAUGAAAAUAUUGUAAUUUGAUAAGUCUAAAAUGUAAUUGGUCAUCCAAGAAACUUGUCUUAGCCAAUCACAGGCCUUCCAAUUUUUUCUUCGCUUGUGAUUGGUCUAAAGUACACCAAGUUGUGUUAAGAGCACACGCGGAGGUUAAUGACAUGCAAACCCCGCCCAUUUUAUGAACAACCGCUUAAAUACAAUUGUAUAAAAAUUUAGGGGAAAAUGUAAUUAUGCAUUUAGAGAUGUACAUUUCUAGUUACUAGACUUAUUUAAUCCACCAAUAAUAUUAUUGUACAUAAAUCGGUAUUCCUUGGACAAGUACAUGCAACAACAAAUUCACCACUAUACUUUAGUGGUUCCAGAUUGAAAUUUACUCUAGGACUUUGAAAUGAAGACUUUAAAGAAUUCUUUUCAUCCUUCUGAAAGCCCUUAUGAGUUGGAGUAAGUUUUGGUCUUUGUUGGUUUAUUUUCAACCUAACUUUUUAAGAGUUAAAUCAUAGACAAAGUGAACCAUUGUGCCGGUACUAUAGUCAAUUGUCAGUCGAGAGACUAAAAUAAAACGUGAAAUCUUCCCCUUUUUCUAUUGGUUUUGUAAUUAUUAAAUAUAAUCGUGUAUUAUAACAAUUCCAAAUGGCUUAUCCUGCCACAGAUGGCCGUCUAGCUUGAAUUAUUGUGUCAGCCUACUUUAUUUAAAAGCAGGUAAUUUGAGUUUGUCGUAACGGUCAAACGUUAAAGAGCUGCUUCGGCCAACCAUUAAUUAAAUAAGCACAUACACUUUCCACUGGUUACCAACUAAAAUACAAUGUUAUGUCUGUUCUGUUUGAUUGCCUGGUCCUCUGCUUGUUUUACUAAGCACCAUUCUCUGCUAAGCAGCUCUUUAAAGUACGGCCCUCUCAGUGUGGAACAAUACCAUUAUUAAUCGUGUACAUGUAAUUCGUAGUUUGAGUCCUCAUUAUUUUGUUUGUACACUAUUGUUGUGGGUCGUUCAAUAUUAUCUACUAUUGUAGGGCAAUUUGUAUUCUUCAUUCUCCGGUGUAGAAAAUAAUGAACAAAAAAUAUACUAAUACUAAUAUAAACCAUAUCAAUGUGUAUUUCGUUUUAUAAGAUUUAUAACAAUGAUUAUUGUUGUUAUGUUGCUCGUUGCUGUAUUCUAUAGAAACGAGAAUCGACGGGCUAAUUGUUGGUUUUAUACUCUUUGUGAUAACUGCAGAAGAAUCUUGGUGUUUGUGAUAUAUUUUGUGUUUCCAUAAUAAUGGUGUAGGGUAUAAUGUGUUUCAUGGUGACCGAAUAAAAUAUGACCACCAUUGUCUAGGUAGAA